AUGAAAACGAGCCCCCAUCGGCCACUGAUUCUCAAAAGACGGAGGCUGCCCCUUCCUGUUCAAAAUGCCCCAGGUGAAACAUCAGAGGAAGAACCUAAGAGACCCCAGCAAGAGUCUAGUCAAGGACAGGCCUCCAAGGAAAUGGCAGAGUCCAACUCUUGCAAGUUUCCAGCGGGGAUCAAGAUUAUUAACCACCCUACCAUGCCCAACACCCAAGUAGUGGCUAUCCCCAACAAUGCCAAUAUCCAGAGCAUCAUCACAGCUUUGACUGCCAAAGGAAAAGAGAGUGGCAGCAGCGGGCCAAACAAAUUCAUUCUCAUCAGCUGUGGGGGAGCCCCAACUCACCCUCCAGGACCCCAUCCUCAAGACAAAACCAGCAAUGAUUCCAAGAGGACAGAAGUGAUCCCUGAGACGCUGGGAGCAAAACCUGUAGCUAAGGAUGCGAAUCUUCCUAGAACAACUGAAGCCAUUCCUGGGCAGAGACAGGAGAGCUGUGCUGGUGGUGAGGCAGCAGGCUGCACUCUUGACAACAGCUUAACCAAUAUCCAGUGGCUUGGAAAGAUGAGUUCUGAUGGACUGGGCUCCUGCAGCAUCAAGCAAGAGAAGGAGGAAAAAGAAAAUCGUCACCUGGAGCAGAGUCAGGUUAAGGUUGAGGAGCCCUCAGGAGCAUCAACAUCCUGGCAGGACUCUGUAUCUGAGCGGCCGCCCUACUCUUACAUGGCCAUGAUACAAUUUGCCAUCAACAGCACUGAGAGGAAGCGCAUGACCUUGAAAGACAUCUAUACUUGGAUCGAGGACCACUUCCCCUAUUUCAAGCACAUUGCCAAGCCAGGCUGGAAGAAUUCCAUUCGCCAUAACCUUUCUCUCCAUGACAUGUUCGUUCGGGAAACGUCUGCCAAUGGCAAGGUCUCCUUUUGGACCAUUCACCCCAGUGCCAAUCGCUACUUGACGUUGGACCAGGUGUUUAAGCCACUGGACCCAGGGUCUCCACAGUCACCUGAGCACUUGGAAUCACAGCAGCAGAAACGACCCAAUCCUGAGCUCCGCCGGAAUGUGACCAUCAAAACUGAACUCCCACUGGGCUCACGGCGGAAGAUGAAGCCACUGCUGCCACGGGUCAGCUCAUACCUGGUGCCCAUCCGGUUCCCAAUGAACCAGCCACUGGUGUUGCAGCCCUCAGUGAAGGUGCCAUUGCCACUGGCAGCCUCGCUCAUGAGCUCAGAGCUCGCCCGCCACAGCAAGCGAGUCCGCAUCGCCCCCAAGGUACAGCUAGCCGAUGAGGGGAUUGCCCCUCUCCCUACUGCAGGACCAGUGAAAGAGGAAAAACUCUGUCUUGGAGAAGGGCUUGCUUCUUUGCUUCCAGUUCAGUGCAUCAAGGAAGAAGAAAUCCAGCCUGGAGAAGAAAUGCCACACCUAGCGAGACCCAUCAAAGUGGAGAGCCCUCCCUUAGAAGAGUGGCCCUCCCCAUCCCUGUCUUUCAAAGAGCAAUCCUCCCACUCCUGGGAGGAUUCGUCCCACUCUCCCACCCCAAGGCCCAAGAAGUCCUACAGUGGGCUCAAGUCCCCAGCCCGGUGUGUCUCUGAAAUGCUCAUGAUUAAACGAAGGGAGAGGAGGGAGCUGAGCCGUUCUCGAAGAAAACAGCAUCUACUGCCUCCCUGUUUGGAUGAGCCUGAGCUGCUCUUCUCGGAGGGUCCUGGUACUUCCCGACCAUCCACAGAGCUCCCUUUCCUGGCAGACUCCUCUGAGCCUGCCUCCCAGCUUGGCUACUCCCAGGAUGAGGGAGGACCUUUCAAGACACCCAUUAAGGAGAUGCUGCCCAUCUCUUCAACCCCGAGCAAAUCUGUCCUCCCCAGAACCCCUGAAUCCUGGAGUCUCACACCCCCAGCCAAAGUGGCAGGGCUGGAUUUCAGCCCAGUGCAAACCCCCCAGGGUACCCUUGGCCCCCUGCCUGACUCCUUGGGGCUGAUGGAUCUCAGCACCACCCCACUGAAAAAUAUUCCCCUCUUUGACUCACCCCGAGAGCUCCUCAAUUCAGAACCCUUUGACCUUGCCUCUGAACCCUUUAGCAGCUCUUCCCCGUCAAAUAUGGAGGUCCCCAAGCCAGGCUCUCCAGAGCCACAGGUUCCCAGCCUUUCAGCCAAUCGUUCUCUGACAGAAGGCCUGGUUCUGGACACAAUGAAUGAUAGCCUCAGCAAGAUCCUCCUGGACAUCAGCUUCCCUGGCCUAGAGGAGGACUUAUUAGGCCCUGACAACAUCAACUGGUCUCAGUUCAUUCCCGAGCUACGGUAG